GGUUAAAAAAAGAGACCAUUCCUUCUUACGCUCUCCUCUUUUCCCACUAUAAAUACUCCUCUUCACUCUCCCCCUUCCCGUCUAUCCAUCACAUAACCAAAAAAAGGGUUUCCAAGGGGAAGGCGUCUUUACAAACGUCUUUCUUCCUCUCGCGAGAUUUUUUCCUUCUCUCCAUUUCUUCCUUCAGAUCUCUUCUUCUUCUUCUUUUCUUCUAAUCCAAAAUGAGAGAGUGCAUCUCAAUUCACAUCGGUCAGGCCGGUAUCCAGGUCGGCAAUGCCUGCUGGGAGCUCUACUGCCUCGAGCAUGGUAUUCAGCCCGAUGGCCAAAUGCCAGGCGACACUACUCUCGGUGGAGGUGACGAUGCUUUCAACACCUUCUUCAGUGAAACUGGUGCCGGAAAGCACGUUCCCCGUGCUGUGUUUGUUGAUCUUGAGCCCACUGUCAUUGAUGAGGUGAGGACAGGAACUUACCGCCAGCUCUUCCACCCUGAACAGCUGAUCAGCGGCAAGGAAGAUGCUGCCAAUAAUUUUGCACGUGGUCACUACACCGUUGGAAAGGAAAUUGUUGAUCUCUGCUUGGACAGAAUCCGCAAGCUUGCUGACAACUGCACUGGUCUUCAAGGAUUCCUUGUUUUCAACGCUGUUGGUGGUGGUACCGGUUCUGGUCUCGGCUCCCUCCUUUUGGAGCGUUUGUCUGUUGACUAUGGAAAGAAAUCCAAGCUUGGAUUCACUGUUUACCCCUCUCCACAAGUCUCAACUUCUGUCGUUGAGCCUUACAACAGUGUUCUCUCAACCCAUUCUCUCUUGGAACACACUGACGUUGCUGUGCUUCUUGACAACGAAGCCAUUUAUGAUAUCUGCAGGCGUUCCCUCGACAUUGAGCGACCUAACUACUCGAACCUCAACCGUCUUGUAUCCCAGGUCAUUUCAUCUUUAACUGCCAGUUUGAGGUUUGAUGGUGCAUUGAACGUGGAUGUUAACGAGUUCCAGACCAACUUGGUCCCAUAUCCCAGAAUCCAUUUCAUGCUUUCCUCCUAUGCACCUGUGAUCUCAGCCGAGAAGGCCUACCACGAGCAACUCUCAGUGGCUGAAAUCACCAACAGCGCUUUUGAGCCCUCGUCUAUGAUGGUCAAGUGUGAUCCUCGACACGGUAAAUACAUGGCUUGCUGCCUGAUGUAUCGUGGUGAUGUUGUGCCUAAGGACGUGAAUGCUGCUGUUGCCACCAUCAAGACCAAGCGCACCAUCCAGUUUGUUGAUUGGUGCCCCACUGGAUUCAAGUGUGGUAUCAACUACCAACCACCAACUGUUGUCCCUGGAGGCGAUCUUGCCCGGGUGCAAAGAGCUGUGUGCAAGAUCUCCAACUCCACCAGUGUUGCUGAGGUAUUCUCUCGUAUCGACCACAAGUUCGAUCUGAUGUAUGCAAAGCGUGCAUUCGUUCACUGGUACGUAGGUGAGGGUAUGGAGGAAGGAGAGUUCUCGGAAGCCCGAGAGGAUCUUGCUGCACUUGAGAAGGAUUAUGAAGAGGUGGGUGCUGAAUCAGCUGAGGGUGAGGAUGAUGAAGGAGAGGACUACUAAACAAACACGUGUUGGCUCGAUCUCUCUCGCCUCAUUGUGUGUAUGUUUGGGAGUGUUGGUGUGUGGUGCUCUGCUUAUUGCACUUUGGUUUUUUUGGCAUUCUUGUUAUGUCUUUUUUUCAUGUGGCUUCUCUCUAUAUGAAAUGAUGCUGUGAUACUUCUUGUUUCCAAGGCUUUUAUUAUUGAACCUAUGUUUUUAAUUCAAAUGGCCAUUGUAUUCUUCAAAUUGGCAUCCAA